AUUAGUCAUAAAUAUAUGUAUAUUUAAGCUGUACUUGGUAAUUUAUUAAAAGCGGUUCGUGUGUAUGGGGAAUUUAGGUAAGAGAAACCUCACUGUGUAAUAAAAUAUCUACCUGGCCAGUCAGCUUCAUGUUAGCUAGCUAGCCAAGUUAGCAUUAGCGUUUUUUUAAAUCACAAAAUGCUUUUAAACUCAAUUCACAGAAUUGCGGUCGCAUCAUGUGGGUCUCGUAACCUCAAAUAGUGUACAUUUUAAUUUUACGUGUAUCUGGAUACUCAUAUCUGCCAACCAAUGUGUAAAUUACGAGCUAUGCUAGCGCUAGGGCGCUAGCGUUAGCUUGCUAGCGUUAGCUUGCUAGUGUUAGCUCGCUAGCGUUAGCACCCUAGCGCCAGCAUAGCUCGUAAAACAAACUUUUAAACUCAAUUCACGGAAUUGUGGUCGCAUCAUGUGGGUCUCUUAACCUCAUAUAGUGUACAUUUUAAUUUUACGUGUAUCUGGAUACUCAUAUCUGCCAACCAAUGUGUGAAUUACGAGCUAUGCUAGCGCUAGGGCGCUAGCGUUAGCUUGCUAGUGUUAGCUCGCUAGCGUUAGCACCCUAGCGCCAGCAUAGCUCGUAAAACAAACUUUUAAACUCAAUUCACGGACUUUCGAUCGCAUCCUAGGGGUGUUGUAACCACAUAUAGUGUAAAAUAUAUUUUUAUGUGUAGUUAAUUAUUCAUAUUUGUCUUCAAAUGUGUGAAUUAUGAGCUUCGCUUGUGCUAGGGCGCUAGUAUGCUAGCGCUAGCAGGCUAACGGCAUUAAACGGCCAGUCUCGGAGUUGCGUUAGUAGUGUAAUGUGGUUCACGCGGUAAAUAAGGGAUAUUUUGUGAAGUGUUUUUGGUUUAGCUAGAUUUGGCUCAUACCCACAGGGAAAUACAAUGUUUGAAACAAAUAACUUAAGUGCACCGGUACUCCUUUUUUGCUUUAAACCAAGUUCAGCUUGGCUGAUUUAACAUAAACUGAAGACCCGCUGAAGCCACACAAUCCACUUAGUUUGGUUUAAUGCCCGCGUAUUCUCCAGUAAACUGGCUUUGGUAACGCAGUGUUGUGUGACUUGCACAAGCUUCCGUAGGACAGAUGCUGCGCAUGCUCAGAAGUUCAGUCCAUGAACGAGAAACGUCGGCGAGGAUCGCGAGGCAGGUGAAAAGCGGGCGAAUCUUGAUCCAUCCGAGGUGUCUCUGUCAGUAAGAACAGUCCUGCAAUUGUAGGCUGGGUGGUGUACCUUUUUUUGGCUCUUGUGUACCAUGAAUGUGGAAGUGUAAAGACUGUGAUGCAGAAGAAGCUACAAGAUCUCAGUUACUGAAACACUACAGGUUAAAACAUGGCCACUUUGGGCGCAGACACCCUUAUCCAUGCACAUAUUCAAAUUGCCCCUGCACCUUUAAAACUUGGAAUGCACUUCGAAGCCACCUGUGUAGAUCACAUUUUGAUCAGACAUCUCAAAGAUCAGUAGAUUGCACAACAUUUAGCUGCCAUCAUUGUUCCUGUAAUGACAUUGCCUCCUUAAGAGAUUAUUUUGCUCACGUCAACAGCCAUCUAAAAAGGCACGAAACCAUCAGUUGUAUAUUUGAUAAUUGUUCUUUCCAAACAAACAUUUACGGAACAUAUCAAACUCACAAGAACAGAAAGCACAAGAAAUUUACACUGAAUGAUUUUAAAGAAGGUAUUGUGAAGAAUGGCACAACAGAUUCACUUUGUAGUGCAGGAGAUGCAUGUUUGAGAGAGAGUGAAGUGUUGGAUGUUGAAGUUGAAGACAAUGCACUUGUCCCACAACAAGAUAAUUUCCAACAAAUUAUAGAAGAGAAAUUGGCAUUUGUUUUAUUAAAAUUGGAAAACUAUUUUCAUGUACCAAGCUCUGCCGUUGAUGAACUGCUAAAUGAGUUACAGUAUUUGAUUAGUUCAGCGUCUUUUUCUAAUAACAUUGUUUCUGAUUUCUUCAAUAAUCAUAACCUGCAAAUUGAUCAGUUACUCAUCAAAGAGUUAGGCAGUGUAAUCUGUUCAUCUAACCCAUUGUCAAAAGCUUUAGGGAAAGAUGGACCAUUAGCUACUUAUUUUAAACGGAAGCAGUAUUACAAGGAUCAUUUCAAUAUUGUUGAUCCAGUUCAGUAUGUCCUAGAUGCAACGGCAAAAAGAAGUUUUCAGUAUGUACCGUUGCUUAAGGUUUUACAUCAGAUAGUUAAUCAAAAAGAUGUGCUUAAUAAGAUCGUUGACAAGAAAAGACAGCAACAGGUAGUGCAUGACCAUCUAGAUUACAGGUUUUCUGAGGAUGGGCAGUAUUUUAAGAACAAUGAUUUUCUCUCAGGGGAGGAAUUGAGAAUUGCUGUUUGUCUAUAUGUAGAUGAUUUCGAGCUUUGCAACCCCCUCAGUACUUCACGUAAAACACACAAACUCUGCGCUGUCUAUUGGGUUUUGGGGAAUUUGAUUCCUGGCAGCAAUUCUACUUUGGACUCAAUUUACCUGGCUCUUUUAUGUUAGUGAGGAUGUGAAGACCUAUGGCUAUCACAUUGGGAUUGGUUCAGAAAAUCAUACCAGGAAAUGACUUUAAUUUCCAUGAAAAUUGUACAUUUAUGGAGAAGUUAUCUUUAUUUCAACGAUGAUCACACUUAUGUACAACUGUAGCAAUGUUUUAUCUAAAACGCAUCAAGAAGUAAAAAAUAAUAUUUAAUUAGUUAAGUUAUUGUAUGUUUUUAUUGUUCAAUAUUUUGUUGGACAUAUUUUGGAUUCAUUCAAAACUUGU